AUGACGACCUUUUUUGGAUUUCCUGGCAGGAGAUUCGCCACGGCCCAGAACCGCGAGGCUAGAUCCCACAGACCACCCGCCGAGGCCGAUCUCCAAAGGACUCUGCUAAGACGGGUCGCGCAGGAGACGAGCGCCGCGACCGACAGGAUGCAGCGGCUCGUAGGAGAACAUACCAAUCUUGCCUGGUCGCAAAAGUAUUCAGCACAUGCACGCAAUAUACCACGCACCCACCCCCCCUUUACCGGCCAUGGCACUACCAUCAAGGUCGUCAACAUGGACACGCUCGACGCCGCCACUGAACUGUGGAGGCGGGCUAUGGAGCAGCGAGAUGCCCGAUCGGGGCGAUAUCCCCGACCUGCUGUCCUCAACUUUGCGAAUGCCGAUAGGCCCGGCGGAGGUUGGUUGAACGGUGCCAUGGCCCAAGAGGAGGCCAUCUGCUACCGCUCCACACUAGCGCGUAGCCUCGACAAACGCCACUACCCGUUGCGUGAAAACGAAGGGAUAUACAGCUCGCGCGUAAUCGUCCUACGUUCCAGCGAGAAAUCGGGCCACAAGUGGUUGCGCUACAAGACCGCUGAAGAUCUGCCCUGGUUCAGCGCUUUAACCAUUGCAGCAAUCUACAAGCCCGAAACGCGGUCCGAGAGGGUUGGGACGCCGCCGCAGUGGACCAAAGUCUUUGCCCGUCAACAAGACCGUGAAGUGACCAAGACCAAGAUGAGGCUGGCAUUGCGUAUGGCGGCGACGAAUGGCCACGACAUGCUCGUCCUUGGUGCCUUUGGCUGCGGCGUCUUCGAGAACCCCCCUUGGGAUGUUGCUCGGUGUUGGCUUGAGGUGCUGAGGGAACAUGCGCAACAACAUGCGCACCAGUGGAGAUGCGUAUGGUUUGCAGUUUAUGACCCACGGGGUCAGGGCAACUUUAGGACGUUCAAAGAGGUAUUGGAUGGAAAAAGGGUUUGA